UUAGCCGGCCGUGACUCAGGGCGAAUGCCCUUACCGCCGCCUCAAGAUGCGUUUAGAGACGGAUUGGAUGCUCAGAGUCUGAGUUCCGAGUCCGAGGAGGGCGAGGAGGAAUUGAAUGAGGGAGCGUCCGAAGACGAGGUUGAAGAGGAGAUAGAUGGAUAUAUAGGAGGCGAAGGAGAGUUGGAAGGGGGCGUUUCGAGCGAGUCGGAAGGAGAGGACAUUUUUGACGAGGAUUUGGUUAAAAAGGAUUACGAGAAGAUACCGGAGCUGGACCGGUACAGUUCCGAGGACUUGUCCGAGGGGGAGUAUGACCCGCUUGGUCGGGCGGAGAGGUUGGAGGUGGAGAAGUACUUGGCUGAGAGGGACAAGCGCGAGGGUCGAGGGGCGGCGCAGUCGCGGGCGUUCGCUCGUUUUGGGGGUUUGCCCAUGCAUUUGUUGUCGGAUUUGGGGUUGAGUCGAGGGGGUGGCGGAGGGGUGGACGAGUUGGGCGAGCUCGACGAAGCGGGGGCGUCGAGCGAGGAGGAGGGAGAGGACGCGUUGGAAGAGCUGGGGGUGGAGCAGGUGCAGGGGUCGUUGCGAGAGUACGUGUCUACGGUGGGGAGGAGUGCCAUCCUGAGGAGGUUCAAGAGGUUUUUGAGGGUGUUUAGAGACGAGAAGGGCGUUUUGGUGUACAAACAGCGCAUCAACGAGAUGGCUAAGAACAAUCAGUCUAGUUUGGUGGUUUCUUGGUUGCAUUUGUCUGGUGGCGAGCAGGUGCCGGUGUUGGCUACGUGGGUGGUUGAGGUGCCCACGGAGAUGCUUCAGAUUUUCAAUGAGGCGGCUCAGUCGGAGGUUUUGAGAGAGUUUCCGAAUUACGCGAACAUUUGCGAACAGAUUUUCGUGCGGAUUGCAGAUUUACCGGUGUGCGAUCGGUUGCGAGAUUUGAGGCAGAUACACUUGAACGCGCUGAUUCGGGUUGCUGGAGUGGUGACGAGAAGGUCGACGGUGUUUUCGCAGCUGUUGUUUACGUACUACGAUUGCCAGCAGUGCGGGUUUUUGCUGGGUCCGUACGCGCAGGAGAGCGCGGCGAAGGAGGUGCGUCCGAUUGCGUGCAGCAGUUGCCAGGCGUUUGGUCCGUUCGCGAUGAACAUGGAGAAGACGGUGUUCCGGAAUUACCAGCGGGUGACGUUGCAGGAGUCGCCGAGUGCGAUUCCGCCGGGCAGGUUGCCGAGGAGUAAGGAGGUGAUAUUGGUGAGCGACUUGGUGGACAGCGCUCGUCCGGGGGACGAGGUCGAGAUUACGGGUGUUCUUCAGAAUCGGCGCGACCGGUAUUUGAACGUUAAGCACGGGUUUCCGGUGUUCAAGACGGUCAUCGAGGCGAAUUACGUGCAGAAGUCGGAGGUGGGGUACGACACGGUGUACGUGACGGAGGAGGAGGAGAAGUUGUUUCGUCGGAUGUCGAAGGACGGGGCGAUAGGUCAGAGGAUCGCGGAGUCGAUUGCGCCGAGCAUUUACGGGCACUUGGACGUCAAGAUGAGUCUCGCGCUGGCGCUGUUCGGAGGGGAGCCCAAGGAGUUGGAGGGGAGUCACCGGACGAGAGGGGACAUCAAUGUGUUGCUGAUUGGCGAUCCUGGAACGGCCAAAUCGCAAUUUUUGAAGUAUUUGAAGAACACGGCUCACCGGUCGGUGUACACGACUGGUCAGGGGGCGUCGGCGGUGGGAUUGACGGCGGCGGUGAGGAAGGACCCGGUGACGCGGGAGUUCACGUUGGAGGGAGGCGCACUGGUGCUUGCGGAUCGCGGGAUGUGCAUCAUCGACGAAUUUGACAAGAUGAACGACAAGGACCGCACGUCGAUUCACGAGGCGAUGGAGCAGCAGAGCAUAUCGAUUUCGAAGGCGGGGAUCGUGACGACGCUUCAGGCACGCUGCUCAGUCGUCGCAGCGGCGAAUCCCAUCAGAGGUCGGUACGACGUGUCGCUCCCUUUUUCGAAGAACGUCGAAUUGCUCGAGUCGAUCUUGUCGCGCUUUGACAUCACCUGCAUUUUGCGCGAUGUUGUGGACGUGCAGGCGGACCGCGUGCUGGCGCAGUUCGUCGCCGAGUCCCACCAGCGGAGCCACCCUCUGCGCGGCUCGGAGGAGUGCUCGCCCGCCGCUGGUGGUGGAGGGCGAGGCGGAGACGAGUUCCGGUCGUGGGAGGAGGGCGGUCCGAUUCCCCAAGGGCUGCUGCGAAAGUACAUCUACUACGCGCGCAAGCACGUGCACCCGCGGAUCACCAACCAGGCCAACGUGAACAAGAUCAUGAGCGUGUACGUCGAAAUGAGGAGGGAGGGUCGACACGGAGGCGUUCCCAUGACGGUCAGGCACGUGGAAAGCAUGCUGCGCAUGUCAGAGGCGCACGCUAAAAUGCACCUGCGCGAAGUGUGCACGGACGACGACAUCGACAUGGCGAUCCGUUCCAUGCUGAAUUCGUUCAUUCAGUCUCAGAAAUGGAGCGUGAUGCACACGCUCAAAAAAAAAUUCCGCAAGUAUUUGGUCUACAAAAAAGACCACAACGAAAUCAUGAUGGCCCUGCUCGCUCAGAUCUACAACGAGCACGUGUUGCAAUACCGGAUGAAGCACGCUCGCCUGCCCCCCUCUCUCAGCAUCGACUCGUCCGAGCUCGAAAUGAGAGCCAAAGAGCAGUUCGACGUCACCGACUUCUCGCCCUUCUACUGCUCCGAAAUUUUCCGCAACGCCGGAUUCAAGCUCAGCGCCAACCGGCAAACUAUCACCAAGGUGCCUCUGUGACGGGGGCGCUGGCCGAAGC